AUGAACUAUAACCACAACGUGCAAGAAGAGCAGUGGGUGACAUUGCCGCUAAUAAAUCGAGCCCCCUCCUCCGACAUCUCACGGAAUGUUUCUACAUGGUCCCAUCCUGAGUCACUACCAGAGCCGCCGCUACAAUGGUUCAUGGACCCCUCGAGUCACGGUGAACUGCUAGAGACGCCCGUUCAGUGGCCUAUGGACGCUUCUGCGCUCGGGCACACUUUAAACCCGUCAACACCAUGGAUAAUGCAUUCUUCAGGCCCUGAUAACCCUACAGAACCAUCAAUGCCAUGGAUUAUGGAUACGUCAGAUCUCAAAGACUUUCUUGAGCCGCAGAUACAAGGUCUUCUCGGGCCUCCAAUUCUCCAAAGCCCCUCAGACCAUCUCACCCUAUCAUCCUCACGCAUACUUGAUGUGCCCACGGGGCUACCCUCUCGCGAUGAGCAGAUACCUUCUCACCCUGGAGGCAGCAGUCGCUAUCGAGACUCACCUCCCGAGCCCCUUCUCAGCCACAUCACGCCUUCUGAUUCGAUCUCUCUCUCACAUGUUAAGUGUCCAAUUCCCGGAUACAAAUCGACCGAGCGUUUCGCGACCCCACGAGACCUUCGACGGCCCUAUCGCCAGCAAGUUAGAGCAUUUUUCUGCCACUACGAGAACUGCCCCCAAUCAGCGCCUGAUCCACAGAGGUCUAGUAAACGAGGCUUUGCCACCAGAAAGGAUCGAGACCGACAUGAAGCCAAGCAUAAACCGGAAAUUAGGUGCCAAUGGCGAAAUCAACAUGGGGAGCAAUGCACACGGCUAUUUAGCCGUAUGGAUAACAUGAGGGAUCAUGUUCGGCGAAUCCAUCGACAAAGAUUCUAG